GUGACCAAAUCAAACUCGCAGAGACACAGACAGACAUUGAAGAACAUUCCUUAAAAUCCUUCACUUUUCUCAGUCUGCAAAACAUGUCUGUUGAGUUGUGUUCGGUGAGACCUUUAUUUGGUGGCGCAAUUUCCACCGUCUUCCCUCAAAGAUUUCAGGAUGUGAGUGAUAUCAGACAAGUUCCUGAUCAUCAGGAAGUGUUUGUGGAUCCUUCAAGAGAUGAGAGUUUGAUUUUUGAGUUGUUGGAUUUCAAGACUGAGGUUGGUGACAUUGGCAGUGCUUCUUGGUUCCUCAACGAUCUUGCGCGUGAGCAAGAUGCUGAAGGAUUUCAGUUGCUAGAGCAAUCAGAGGUCGUUGAGGCGCCUGGACUGUCGCACAGAAACAUCCCUGCCGUUGCGACAACUGCUAUUGGAGAGAUGGUAUAUGUGGCAAAUCUUCGUCUUAAGGGAGUUGAUACUGAUGUCUUAGUGACUGCAUAUGAACCUAUUCUGAUAAACCCUCUGAGCGAAAGCGCGGAUGCUGUGGGAUCUGGUUUAGCUGUCCCAGCUUCACAAUCUGGAAAAAUGCUAAUGUGUGAUGUCAUUAAACAGUCACUCUCUACCUUCAAAGUCAAUGACUGGAAUCUUUUCGGUUCCUCAGCUUGAGUCUAUGCGAAAUGAAAAGACGAUUCAAGCCUGCCAAUUUGGUGUUGCUAUGGCUUCAUGAAGUUUGCUUUGUUAAGUAUUUUUGAUUUCUUUUAAUUUUAGUUAUUCUUUUGAUCCUGUUAGGUUUUAGUAGUUGGAACUUUAUCAAUAGGAUCUUAUUUCCCUUCUGUAAAGGCACCUUUGGCUUUGAAUAAACAGAGUCUCUUCUC